CUCCGACUUCACAAAAUAAUUUUUCAUUUCUAAAAAUUUAAAAUGUCUAGUGAUUAUAACUUCCAACAGUGGAAAAAAGCACUUCAGAACUUAGAAAGAACAAUAUUUGUAGAUUUGGAUUAUCAGAAACGUAAAGCACACGACAAAGAGCUAUGCGAUGCUGUCCUUCGAAUUUCUGGAGUACUGGGAAGCUACAUGUCUUGCUACAAUGAUGCAUUUGACUGUCUACAACAAAAUCUACAGGUCCAGAAGACAGUGUAUAUACAAAAGAUCAUAAACGCCAUUGUAUCCAGGAUUUUAGAACUCAAAGAACAACUUCGAAAACUUGAUGGCAGCUAUUAUGGGUACCUUUGUGGAGGUUUAACUAAACAUAAACUGACACCGUUUGAUACGGAAUUAAAAUGCUUGCCCUCCAAACAUAUUAGGCCUGAAAACAUUCAACGCAUCAUCAGUGAAGCCUUUCAGAAAGCCCGAAACCAAAGUGAUGAAGAAAUUCCAGAAGCGAAUUUUGAAGAGGCAGCCACUGAACCUAAAACUGAUAAUUGGUGGGAUCUGCUUGACGAUGCUAAAGAAAUAACCAAACCAACGGGAAUAAAUAUAACAGCAAUUUAUGAAGUUGAAGAGAAAAUAUCAGAAGAGACACUAACAAGGAAGAAAUUGUUAUCUCUCAUACAAGCACACGAAAAGACACGACAAAUCACACAACGAAAUAUACUGAGACAUCAAAGACGAAUACUCUGGGAAAAAGAACUAAGAGGGACAUUAAAGCCUCCAGCACGUUUGGAGAUCAGGGAAAGAGGGGCUAAGGUUAUUCAAAAAGUGAUGAGGAAAUAUUUUGAACUGAAGCGAAUAAGAAUAAAACAUUGUAAAAUUGAAGAACUUUUGGGCAUGAAUGUUUGUAGACACAUACAUCACAACAGCUUUCAAGAGAAGGAAAGACAGAUUUAUGUAGAGCGAUGUAAGCUCAUUAACAAAUUUAAUGAGACAUGGAAAAAUGACUAUAUAAAUAAGAAAAAUCUUUUCUUAAAACAAAGAAAAGAUUCAAUUGCUGAUGAUUAUCGCGAUUUUGUUCGAGACUGGUUUAAGCGAUGGUUUGAUGAAAUACAGUUUUUUCAUGCAAUACCCAAAGAAAGUCAAGGUGGUUUGGUAAAUAUAAUAAAAGAAGAAUUACCAACACCAUCUGAGUGGCUAGAAUUGUAUAAGACAUAUAUGGAACAAAAGAAAGCUAAAAAGAAUAGAACAGCGGCUGAGCUAAAAUAUGAGAAAAUGGAAGCUAAAAGAGAAGAGAUGCUCAUAAGAAAGGAGGAAAUAAGAAAAAAGAAGCUGGAGGCAGAGUUGUUGAAGAAAAUCAUGAAAAAUCCAAAUAUUCAUCCAGGAUACAAUUUCCCAGCUUCAAAGAAAGUUAUUCAUUUAAUAGAGACUAUCGAGGAUUAUAAAACUCAUUGGUCAGAUUGGGAUAAAUUGGACAUUUUAGAAGUUAAACAAGGAUUUAUAAACGAAAUAGACAUACAAAAUAUAUAUUGUGAGGCUAAUGAAGAAAUUUUACUAUCAAUUGAUGAAGAUAUGCGGUGUUUAUCCAUUCACUUUUACAUUAUUUUAUCACUUUAUCAUUAUAAAACAAUGGAUUUGUGGGAAUACCAGAUGUUAAUGACAGCUUUAAAAGAAGACUAUAAAAGAAAUGAGGAAGAAAUGCCAGAAAAUAUAAAGGAAAGUGCGCAACGAGUCAAGAAGAAACGCAAACCUAAAAUAGUACAGGAGGACGUGAUAUUUGAUAAAUUGUGUGACUUAGCUGUGAAAGGCAUCCUAGUUGAAUUUCCUACAACAGAGAUUGAAGAUUUUUUAGGCGACUACAACUUUGCAGGCGACAAACUAAAAUGUGACUUAAAGCUAGUUCAUCCGUUUAGUGGGGAAACCCGGAGUGUAUGGUGGGAGAGAUGUCGUGAAGUGAUCCACGGGUUUAGAAAGAUUCUCCUCGUCGGACCGAGGGGUAGCGGCAAAACUGUUUUAGUUCAUACAAUGGCAACUAUUAAUGAUGCAACUCUAUAUGACUUGAACCUAGUGGAAUUUCAAAACAAAUCUAGAGACGAAAUAAAAAGUUUUGUUGCCGCUCUGCUGCUCUGUGCACAUGCUACGCAACCUUCAAUUAUCUAUAUUAGGCAUGUCCACAGAUUGUACUCGAGAAAGGCUCCAGUUGCUGAAGAAACCAAUUUUGCUGGACUGAGGAAGCUGUUGGUGAAACGGUUAAUCAGAAAGAUUCAUCAAACAGACAAAAUUUCUCUUAUUGGAUCGUGUGUUGUUCCAUGGUUAACCAAAAGCAAACAGAUCACCAAACAUUUUUCGAAUGUGGUUCUUAUGCCGCCCACUCUGUAUUCAACUACGCAGCUUAUGUUAAGGAAUUGGGUGUCAAGCAACAGAAUUGUACCGCCUUCAUUGGACAUACAGAGCCUGGCACGUCAAUUGCAAGGAUAUUCUGUAGGAUAUCUCAAAAGAAAGCUAGAAGCAUUCAUAACUGCGAAUCGAUGUAUCAAAAUAGCGGCUAGUGGACUGGCCCCCGAUGAAAUCUACGAUUAUUUUUUACAAAGCGACGAUGAACCAGAAGACUAUGAGAAGUACCACAAAUGGUACAUUGAGAAAACACACUGGGGAAAUAUAGAAAAGAAACAUAUCGAAGACCAAAUGGAAUUUAAAAUUAACGUUGAACGUUGGAAGGAAAAAAUGGAAAAGAAAAAG